CUCCCCGCAGCAGCCCCGCGGCUCUACAGCAGCGUAUCGGCCCCGGUACCGGUCCCGGUCCCGGUCCCGGCCCCGGCCCCGGCCCAGCCCAGCGCUGUGGAUGACUCUCUGCUGUCCAAGCCUCUCAACCACCCCGACUUCUUCAACCUGAAGGAGCUCUUCUCCCUGAAAGAUCUCUUCAACGCCCGCGUGCACCUGGGGCACAAAAAGGGAUGUCGGCAUAGGUUUAUGGAACCCUACAUCUUCGGCUGCCGCCUGGAUCAGGACAUCAUCGACUUGGAUCAGACGAUGGAACACCUCCAGCUGGCCCUCAACUUCACCGCCCACAUCGCCUACCGCAAGGGCAUCAUCCUCUUCAUCAGCCGCAAGCGCCAGUUCUGCCACCUGAUCGAGACCAUGGCGCGGGAGUGCGGGGAGUACGCCCACACCCGCUACUGGCAGGGCGGCCUGCUCACCAAUGCCCACAUCCAGUUCGGGGCCGGCGUCCGCCUGCCCGACCUCAUCAUCUUCCUCAGCAGCCUCAACAACGUCUUCGAGCCUCACGUGGCCAUCCGUGACGCUGCCAAGAUGAACAUCCCCACGGUGGGGGUGGUGGACACAAACUGCAACCCUUGUUUGAUCACCUACCCCAUCCCCGGGAACGACGACAGCCCCACCGCCAUGGAGCUCUACUGCAAGCUCUUCAAGAUGACCAUCAUCCGUGCCAAGGAAAAAAGGCGGCAGAGCGAGAUCUUUGAGGAGCUGCGGAGGAAAGCGGAGGGCAAGUCCCCCUAGGGACGGGCUCAGCAGCUUGGCGACGGGCGUCCUGCUCCGCUCCCGCGGGCGCUGUGGGACUGACCCCAGAGCACCGGCUGGUUGUGGAAGGGACCCCCCCAGCUCUGCUGCUGCGCUGAGAUCUCACGGCUGCGGGGGGGCGGGGGGGUCUCUGCUUUAAAAUAAAACUGCCCAGAGCGGUGCAAGGGGAGACAAGAGCCGAGCCAGACCCAGCUGCUGUCCUUGUGUUUGUCCCUGUUGGAGGGAGGUGCCUCUGCCCUGUGGCCUCCCUAUUCCUGAGCUUGUGACCUCACGUGGAACCACUUGUAUCUCACGUUUCUUCUUGACAAAUAAAGGGCCCCGUGAUCCUU